CGGCGCCGUCGAAAUGGCAACGCAUGCGACCGAGUACCGGGAGAUCGUGCUCCACGCGCCGCCACAUGUGGCGUUUGGCGACAACUUUGUCGUCUCGUCCAAGUACACGCUGCUCUCGUUCCUGCCAAAGUUCCUCCUCGAGACCUUCCGAAAGCUCGCAAACGCGUACUUUCUCGUCGUCUCGCUCAUGCAGCUCGUGCCGUCCAUCAGCAACACGGGCGGGCGGGCGUCCACGGCGCCGACGCUCCUCUUUAUCAUGCUCGUCGACGCCGUCUUUGCGGUUCUCGAAGACCACAAGCGCCACGUCGCCGACAACGUGGCCAACGCCCGUGUCACGGCCGUGCUCGACGCGACGACCGGGACCUUUAGUCCGAAAAUGUGGCGCCACGUGCUCGUCGGCGACUUUGUCAAGCUGCGCAACCACGACCAGGUGCCCGCCGACUUGCUCAUUCUCGCGGUCGCCGAGCAGGCGGGCAUGCCCCCGACCGGCAUCUGCUACGUGGAAACCAAGUCGCUCGACGGCGAGACCAACAUGAAGGUGCGGCAGGCGAUGGAGGCCACUUCGGCGAGCUGCGGUGACCCGUCCGCGCUGCUUGGGUUGCGCGGACACGUGCACUGUGAGCACCCGAACGCCGCCAUCAACUCGUUCCAGGGCGUCUUGGCGCUGAAGACCAACGAGGACGAGAAGAGCGAGAUGAAGAAGGAGGCGAUUCCGUACAAGAGCGUGCUCUUGCGCGGGUGCACGCUGCGCAACACCGAGUGGAUCGUCGGCCUAGUCCUCAACACGGGCAAGGACACCAAGAUCAUGCGCAACAACUCGGCCACCCCCUCGAAAAUGAGCUCGAUGGACGUAGCCAUCAACCGCUACAUCAUCGUGCUCGUGCUUGUGCUCCUCCUCUGCUGCGCGCUGGGCGCCACCGGCAGCGUUCUCUGGGACGACGCCAACUACAGUGCGUGGUACAUCGCCGGCGUUGACCCGGCGGCGCCGGACGCGGUCGCCGACUGGUGGACAAUGUUUUUCUACUUUUUCCUGCUCAUGUACCAGUUCGUGCCGAUCUCGCUCUACGUGUCCAUGUCGAUGGUCAAGUACAUCCAGGCCAUCUUCAUCCAGUGGGACAUCCACAUGUACUACGCCGAGACGGACACGCCGGCGCUCGUCCGCACCAUGUCGCUCAACGAGGAGCUCGGGCAAGUGAGCUACAUCUUCUCCGACAAAACUGGCACGCUCACGUGCAACAUGAUGGAGUUUCGCAAGUGCUCGGUCGGCGGCACGGCGUACGGCCGAGGCACGACUGAGAUUGGCCUUGCGGCCCUUCGCCGCGCUGGGCAACCGGUGCCGGCAGAAGCUCCGCCCAGCAGCGUCAAGCGCCCGUUGGUUCCGUACGUCAACUACGACGGCCCCGAGAUUUACGACCACAUGGUCGGCGAGGCCGGGCCCGACCAAGCGGCGCGACUGCACCAUUUCUUCUUGCACCUCGCCGUGUGCCACACAGUCAUCCCCGAGCGUCGCGAAGGCUCGGACGAGGUGACGCUCUCGGCGUCAUCGCCCGACGAACAGGCGCUCGUGGCCGGCGCCGGCUUUUUCGGCUACGAGUUUAUGAACCGGAUUCCGGGCCGGGCCUUCUUGCGCAUCAAGGCUGAGACGCUGCAGUACGAGCUCCUCGACGUGCUCGAGUUCAACUCGGCGCGCAAACGCAUGUCGACGGUCGUGCGGGACCCCUCGGGGCAACUGCUCCUCUUCACAAAAGGCGCCGACGUGGUCAUUUUCGAGCGGCUCAAGAAGGACGCGUCCGGCGCCGCGCUCCUAGCGACGACGAGUCAGCACAUCAACGUGUUUGCGGAAGAAGGGCUGCGCACGCUCACGAUCGCCAUGCGCGAACUAGACGAAGGUGACUAUGCGGCGUGGCGUCGGCGCUACCACGUCGCCCUCAACGACUUGGCUGAGAUCGAGAAGCGCAAGCGCGAAGCCCCGAACGCGAUUGAUGCGUGCAUGGAGGAGCUCGAGACGAACUUGGAGCUCCUUGGCGCGACCGCGAUCGAAGACAAAUUGCAGCCCGGCGUGCCCGACACGAUUGCGACGCUGGCCGACGCCGGCAUCAAGAUCUGGGUGCUCACCGGCGACAAGGAAGAGACGGCCAUCAACAUUGGCUUUGCGUGCAACCUCCUCCAUAAUGGCAUGACGCGCAUCAUAAUCAAUGCCGAGCGGUGCCCGACAGCGACCGAGACCGAGAGCGAACUUCGCCGGCAGCUCGAGCACCGCGUCAAGGGCGAGGACGCGGCGCUCGUCAUCGACGGCGAGAGCCUCCUCGUCGCGCUCCAUGGCAGCUGCCGCCUCCCGCUCCUCCAGCUCGCGCGCGGCUGCAAGGCCGUGAUCGCGUGCCGCGUGUCGCCGGCGCAGAAGGCCGAGAUGGUCGACCUCAUCCGGUGCCACGUGCCCGGCGUCAAGACGCUCGCGAUCGGCGACGGCGCCAACGACGUGCCAAUGAUCCAAGCUGCGCACAUCGGCAUCGGCAUUUCCGGGCAAGAAGGGCUCCAGGCCGUCAACGCGAGCGAUUACGCGAUCGCGCGCUUUCGGUUCCUCAAGCGACUCCUCUUGGUGCACGGCCGGUGGAGCUACCUCCGCAUGGCGCAGCUCGUAGUCUACAUGUUUUACAAGAACAUUCUGCUCACGGCCGCGCAGUUCUGGUACACGUGGAUGUCGGGCUUCUCGGGUGAGAAAUUCUACCUCGAGACUGGCUUCCAGAUCUACAACGUGGUCUUCACGGCCUGCCCGAUCAUCCUCCUCGCGAUCUUCGACAUGGACGUGCACGACGACAUGGCGCUGCGGUUCCCCAAGCUCUACAUGCUCGGACCCGAGAACAGCUGUUUGAACCCGAUGGUGUUUUCGCUAUGGAUCGCGUCGGCGCUCGCCGAGUCGGUCGGUGUCACGCUGCUCCUGGUGCACGGCCUCCAGGACGCCGGCGUCUUUGCCGACUCGCCGCCCAUGUGGUACCUCGGCAACAUUGUGUUUACGAUCGUCGUCGUGCUCGCGAACGCCAAGCUCGCGCUCUUCCAGCACGCGUGGCACCCAGUGCACUACAUUGUCUACAUUGGGUCGGUUGGGCUCUGGGUCGCGGUCGCGUUUGUCGCGUCGAGCUGGGACGAGCUCGCGGGCUGGUACUACAGCGGCAUGAUGGGCGUCACCGUGAGCACACCGGCCUUUUGGCUCGUGCUGCUGCUCGUACCCGUCUCGCUGCUCCUUCCGACGUACGUGACGAACGCCGCCAAGGCCGAGUGGCGCCCCGAGUACAACCAGCUCGCAAAGGAAGUCGCCCAACUGCACCUGGACGAGUCGCUCUUGGCGUGGACGGGUGUCGCGCCGCGCGAGCCGUCGGCGCUCUUGUUGAAAUCGGCGAUCGCGCAGGCCAAGCACGCGGCGACGGUGGUCCCUGUUGGCGAGAAGAAGCGCGUGAGCUUGAGUCAAAUGCUGCGGUCUGGCGUCCACAACGGCUUUGCUUUCUCGUCCGACAGCCACGCGAGCCGCGCCGAGGCCAAGCGGACGCUGCAAAGCCACGGCUCGGACGUUGUCGCGAUCGUCAAGGAAGAGACCAAGGCAGCCGGCAGUAGCAAUACGAUCGUCGGCUCGCGUAGUAGUUAGAAAUAUGCAAAAAGUAUAUACAUUCCCGCCUCG